AUGGGCAAGUCAGUGUUUGAGUUACGGAUAAGUCAGAUAGACAUUUUGCGAUGCCUUUGACACGUACAGCUGAAAUGUGGUAGUGGAGCGAUUCGAAAUAUCCAUGGUGGAGAGGGUGGUGCGAGAAAGAAUAGAAGGAAGUUGGAGAAGAGAGCAGAGUAACUGGCACAUGUGCUGGAGAGUGAAUCUCAGUGUGACGUCGCUGAGCCAGAUUAUUUUCUGGCUAGGCUGUCUAUGCUGCGGCAGCUGCAUCUCUAGUGCAUAUGGCCAAUGGAAGCACUGGAGGUGUAUUCGGAAACCACUUGCGCAUCGCACUAUUCUGCUCUUGAGACAAUGCGGGUUGUAUGGAGUUGGCCGCUUUGCAACAAGUUUUCAGGCUGUGCUCUUGAGAGUGACUGAAAGGUGACAAGAUGCACAUAUCGAUAAGGGGUACUUGAGAUAUAUACAGCUGUGCUACAAGGAGGGCUUUGCUUAUGACCAUAGAGGAUACGCUUGGGUGACAAUAGGGUUAUUUUAUAGCAGCAUCUUGAUAUGGAACAUCCUCACUCUGAACUACUGCGUCUUUGAAUAUGUCUG